AAUUUAAUAUGGCAACUAAAUCGUUAAAAACUUCGAUUAUAACUUCAGUAAUAUCUCUCGGGAUUAUUUUUACAUUAUCUACAGAAAUAAUAUAUCUUAUUCUCAAUACUUAUUUAUCAAAAGAAGUGAAAAAUUUUCUGAAAUUUCCAAGGACUUUGAAAGAUGUUAAAAUACUUUAUGAUGCUUUAACAGGCCAUGAAAACAAUAAUAUUCAUGUUUUAAUAUGUUACGUUGCAACUUAUAUAUUUUUACAAUCUUUUUCAUUACCAGGGAGUGUAAUGCUUAGUGUAUUGGGAGGAACUUUAUGGGGAAGUUGGAAUGCUUUAAUACUUGUUAGUUUUUGUUCGGGUACGGGCUCAACUAUUUGUUACUUGUUGUCUUAUUAUUUAGGGCAACCAAUAAUACAGAACUAUUUAUCUGAGCGCAUGGAACGUUGGAAUGAGAAACUAAAUGCUCAUAGAAAGGGAUUAUUUUCAUAUAUUAUAUUUCUUAAAACAACACCUUUCUUACCCAAUUGGUUUAUAAAUAUAGCAUCACCUCAUCUAGGAGUUGGUGUUGGAGUGUUUUAUUGGGCAACUUUCUUUGGUGUUGCACCAUUAUCAUUUAUUCAUAUUCAAGCUGGAGAUACAAUUCACAGACUAUCAGAAACUGAUGAAUUUACAUUUUUGACUAUACAAAAUGUCGUUACAGUGUCAUUAGUUGCUAUUGCAGCUUUAAUUCCUAUUAUAUUAGGAAAAAGAUUUGAAUCACAAGAAAAGAGCAAAGUUGGUUAAUGUUUAGAGAUAUUAAGGUUACCUUUCAAAAUCCCUUUAAAGUUUGUUUUGGACUUUUUGAUAAGAUAUUAUUAUAAUUUAGCAAGAUUAUGGCAAUUUAUCACCAUCAUCAUUUCACUAUUAUUAUUAUUACUAUUAAUUACUAUAUAAUAUUAAUUACUAUUAUCAUUAAUAUUACUAUUAU